GGCUUUCUCAAGCUCAUCACCGAGUGGGACCCGGCACUGUACAGCGUGCCAACUGUGGUGAACGCUGUGAGGGACCGGCUCAGCUAUGAGCCGUCCAGCGUGCCUCUGCUCAAAGGCCUGGCCCACCUCUACUCGGUUGAGGGCAAGUUUGACCUUGCCAUUGCCAUCUACCUCGAGAUCGGCGCAGCGGAUGCAGUGUUCUCUUUAGUCCAGAAGCAUGGCCUGUAUGGUGUGGUUCAGGAGAAGCUGGCACUCCUGAUCCGACUGGACGAGGAGAAGGCCAACGAGCUGCUGGUGAAAUCCACCGACCAGCUGCCGCCGGACACCGUAGCCGAGCGUCUGAGUCCACAGCCACAAGCUUUGUUUCGUUACCUGGAUGCACUGUUCAGACGCAGCCCCGCAUUGUGCGAGGCCCACAUGGAGUUGGCGCGCCUGUAUGCCGAGUACGCACCUGACAAGCUGCUACCACUGCUGCGCCAAUCACACAGCUACCCUCUGGAAGAGGCACUUCGGCUGUGCCAGGAAAGACAACUCACUCCAGCCACCAUCUUUCUACUCAAACGCAUGGGCAACACCAAGGAGGCUCUUCACCAGAUCAUGGACAAGCUGGGAGACGUCCACCAAGCCAUCGCUUUCUGCAAGGAGCAUGACGACUCGGAACUCUGGGCGGAUCUUAUCGAGUACUCACUCGACAAGCCACCCUUCAUCACGACAUUGCUGCACAAGAUUGGUGCGCAUGUCAAUCCAAUCUUGCUGAUCUUGCGCAUCCCCACGGGGCUGGACAUUCCCCAGCUUCGGGACUCUCUAGUCAAGAUCAUGCGGGACUACAACCUUCAGAUCUCCCUGCGUGAAGGCUGCAAGAAGAUUCUGGUAUCCGAUUGCAUCGGCCUGCUGCAAAAGCUGCACCGGCAGCAGAGUCGGGGCAUUGCCAUUGCCUAUGACCAGCUAUGCCAUGCUUGCAACCGACGGAUACUCUCCAAAGAUGUCCGCCACUUGGAGGUGGUAGUGUUCUUCUGCAAGCAUGCUUUUCACAGCAACUGCCUACCCAGUCUACCGGUGAGUGUUUACUGCUUGGCGUGACUCAGUGCAGCAAAU